GUUGGCGCAAGAUCGCUUGCCUUUGAUAAGGUCCUUGCAACUUGGUAGCAACUUUUUGUUGUGCUCAAAGUUUCUAACGGCGAAGGAAACGCGAAAAUAAAAUUUCAACGAACCCUUUUCUUACGAGUUUAUGAGUUUUGCACCAAAUGCGUGCGUUUUCGCUUUUGUUCUGAAGCGUGUACUGUUUUUCCGCUUUCUCUGACUGCCGCGUUGCUUUUUAUGUACCUUUCGGGACCAGGCUGUCGGCUUCUUACUUUGAUGUCCGCACUUAAACCCUGAGCCCAGUACGUAUUGGAAUAGCCUACAGGAGAUGUGUGCUGUGCGGCAUGGCUGCGUGAAACUAUCGAGGGGGAAAAACGCGGGGGGAACCGCUGUGAACAUUUUUUACUUUCUGCGACUGUAACAAAAAAAAAAAAAAAAACACAAGAAAGGAGCACUCUAUUGGAUACUGUGGACUAUUUUUUGUGGAAAACGCUGGAGUUUGGGGGAAACAGAACUCAUGGGUCGAUGAAGCCGGACAGAGGUGCUCCCCCGCUAACUUCAAGCGAGAGUUUGAGGGAGAUUAGAGCUGAGCUCGGGAGCCAGAAAGCCGUGCAGCCAUGAACGGGGCGCUUUCGGAGCCCGUGGCCACGAGCUUCCGAGAAGAUGCUCCCCGUCCGCCCGUGCCGGGCCAAGAGGGCGAAGCCAAGUGCCGCAAGCUGCCGAGCAAAAUGAGCGCGCUGAGAGGGAAGGAGACGGUGCGAUCGACGCGCAGGGACGAGGAAGGCCUGGGGGAGCCCGAGGGCAGCGCCUCACCGGACUCCCCGCUCGCGCGCUGGACCAAGUCCCUGCACUCGCUGCUGGGCGACCAGGACGGCGCGCGCCUUUUCCGGGUGUUCCUGGAGCGCGAGCGCUGUGCCGACGCGCUCGACUUCUGGUUCGCGUGCAACGGCUUCCGCCAAAUGGACCUAAAGGACGGCAAGACGCUGCGCGUGGCAAAGGCCAUUUACAAGCGCUACGUGGAAGCCGACGGCGUGGUCGGUAGGCGCCUCAAGCCGGCCACUAAGACUUUUAUACGGGACAACGUAAAGCGACAGCAGAUCGAUUCCUCCAUGUUCGACCAGGCGCAGACCGAGAUCCAGACCAGCAUGGAGGAGAACGCGUACCAGACGUUCCUGCAAUCAGACAUAUACCUCGAGUACGUGCGCAGUGGCGGUGAAAACCCCACUCACACCAACCCCGGUGCGCUCGGGAGUCUAAAACUGGUCUGUGGCUACUUGCCCACUCUGAACGAAGAAGAGGAAUGGAGUUGUAACGACUUUAAAGCCAAAGCGCUGGCUGUGGUCGGACUGUCGGCGAAAGCCCUGCGCUCUGCUCCUGCUCUGAGGACUGUCGAAGUGCUGGACAAAAACUACAGGUCAUACAGGCGCUGCGAUCCUGCCAACCAUUUGUCUUCUGGCUGCAGUUUUGCCCCCACCACUAGUGCCAACGACAGCGAGAUCUCCAGUGACGCCAUGACAGAUGACUCCAUGUCAAUGACUGACAGCAGCGUUGAUGGGAUCCCACCAUACAAAAUGGGCAGCAAGAAGCAGCUUCAGAGAGAGAUGCAUCGGAACAUGAGAAUGAAUGGCCAGGUCUCAUUACCUGCCUUUCCUAGGCCAUGGCAGCCACCAAAGGACAUGACCCCGGUGGAGCCAGCAGUAUUCGCCGCUCAGCUCAUUGCCCGACUCGAACUAUUAAAACGAGAACAAGAGACUAUGAGCUCCCUGGAAGAGAGACUGCAGCAGAUCCAGGAGGAGGAGGAGCGUGAUGAGUCGGAACUCUCUUCUGCUUCACAGCGGCGUUCGAGCGAGGACGACCCGCAAGCCAUCUUAGAUGAGCACCUCUCCCGUGUUCUCAGGACACCUGGUUGUCAGUCUCCUGGAGUUGUGCGCCACUCCCCACGCUCUCACUCACCUGAUCCUCGGCCUGUGAACAGGCCUGUGGGUGGCACUGUGCCAAUGCCUGCCUACACAUCUGGAAGGACAUUUGUCUCCAAACACGUCCAUCACCACUACAUCCAUCACCAUGCAGUGCCCAAGAGCAAGGAACAGAUUGAAGUUGAGGCAGCACGGCGGGUACAGGGCACGUGUCCAGCCGUACCUGAGUGCUGCCCGUCACCAUACACGCGAAGCCGCAGCCUGGGCCCCGAGCAUGGAAACAACAUUGGGGAGGCGAACCAAGGCUGUUCAAGUGCUUUAACCAAGCGUAUCUGUAGGCCAGGUGAGCAGAUAAAUAGUGAGAUUGCAGAAGGUGGCACUCUGCAGCUGCCCACCAACAGCACUGACCGCUCACAGAACGUCUGGCAAUGGAUCCUGGAGAGCGAUCGCCAGGCCAAGCACAGGCCUCACAGCACUCAGAGCACAAGGAAGCUUUAUGGCUCCGAGUCGGCACGCACCCACACUUGGGGCGGUGCAGGCAUUUCUGGGCAUCUCCGCACCCACCAACCUGCUCAUCCAUUCAUCCAGGACCCAGCCAUGCCCCCUCUUCCGCCACCUAAUACCCUGGCACAGCUAGAGGAAGCAUGUCGACGUCUCGAAGAGGUUUCCAAACCCCUCAAACCGAGACAUUCAACGCCAGGCCUUCAAAGAGAAAAGAGCCAUGCAGCGCCUCUUCAACCCGGAGCUGCUUCUCUCCAGAGCCAAGCUCUUCAACCAGAGCACCCAAAAGAGCCAAAGAAGCCUCCUGGCAGCCAUGCCAAUGAAACUGUGGUCACAUACUUCUUCUGCGGUGAGGAGAUCCCCUACCGGCGCAUGAUGAAGACGCACAGCCUCACCCUAGGCCACUUCAAAGAGCAGCUCCGCAAGAAAGGCAACUACAGGUACUACUUCAAGAAAGCCAGCGACGAGUUCGAGUGCGGAGCCGUGUUUGAGGAAGUUUGGGACGACUGCAGCAUUCUUCCCAUGUAUGAGGGCAAAAUCCUGGGAAAAGUCGAACGAACGGACUAAAAUCAAAUCGGCAUCAUGUGAACAAUCCACUAAAAUGCCACUCGAGGCCAACAAGCGGAGAAAUGGACUUCAGCACAAAAAGACCUGUAUUUUCAAAGAUAAAGAAAUUUUAAUAUAUCCACAGAAACUCUUUUUCAUUUGUUUUGGCUCAUCAAGCUAUUGAAGGAAUACUAGCCAAUGAAGUAUACCAACUGGUGGAGGACUCCAGCAAAGCAGCCUGGGAGAUCAGGCACCUUAACUAUCAAUUGGAAUGGUCAAGAGACGCUAUGAGUAUACCACUGUUUGAAGAUGCGGGUGACUGUAUAUGUUUUUUUUUUUUUUUUUUUUCGAGGGAUUGCUACAGAGCCGGUGCAUCCCGCACCACGGACUGCUGACCAAGGUUUAGUUGUGUUAAUUGCAGGUGUUUAUAAGAGUGUGUGUGUGUGUGUGUGUGUGUGUGUGUGUGUGUGUGUGUGAAUGUGUGAAUGUCUAUAAAAAGAUAAGUGCACGUUAUAUUGUGCUUUUGUAACAACAAAAGAAUAUUAAUAUUUAUUUAACUGUCAUAUCCCUCCUGCCCCAUGUCCAGCUUAAUGGACAAGCUGCUUAGUUGAAUUGGGAGAUUUUGUUUUCCAAUGGAACACAUGCAUGGUCAUAAUGCUAGAGUCCCCCCUUAUAAAUAAACACUAGGAGUCUCGGAUGCUGUCCAAUGAGAUGACUUCCAUGCCGGGACCACCCAGUUUUCUAAACCGUCUCUGGUGAUUUCAUUUUUGCUCUGUUCAUCAUGCCUGCAGGGCCCUGUCCAUUUUGCAUCAUAGUGCCUUUGAUUUAAUGAGCCUAGGAAAUUGCACAGGAUCAAACCACCUUGGCAAGGAGCCUUGAAGAAGCAUAAUCGUAAAACAAAACAACCCAAAAACAACCCCAUGCAUCCUUGAUCUUAUUGAGCAGCAAUGCUGAAGUCUUAAUCCCACAAAAUCAAAAUCGUGGCCUUUCUUCAUUUCAGCACCAUUUAAACAGAACGAGCAGGACACUGAGAGGUUAAGUGUACCCGGCAUGGAAGUUCUCUCCAAAGUGGUGAGAUUAUACUAAGUUACAAAGAACUACAGAGCUCCUGAACAGGGUGUAGUUGUGCAUUGGCAUCAGCAGAGGAGUAUAGACUAAUGUCAGUGUGUUAGACUGCAGUACCUGUGCCUACAUGGAUACCAUGCCGUGUGCUGCCCUGCUUCAGGGUGUAAUAUUCCCUUGCUUUUCUAAAGGGGUUUAUGUUGCAAAGAUUUUUUUUUUUUAUGCUUUGGAUCUUGUUAUCUAUUCUGUUUUUUGUUUUUUUUUCUGUUCCACCUAAAUGUAAAUUAUGCAUUAUAUAGAGCAUCAUUUUAAAGAUGACUUGGUACUUUAAUUAUUGUAAUUACGAAGAGAUGUAGCCUUUAUUAAAUGUUUAUAUUUUUCAAAUGAA